UUUUUUUUGUUCUUGCCUAUGUUCGGCAAACCAGACAAAAUGGACGUUCGAUGCCACUCGGACGCCGAGGCUGCCCGGGUCUCGAAGAACCCGCACAAGGAAAGCCGAGAGAGCAAGGGUGCGGAAGGGAGCCUCCCAGCUGCCUUCCUUAAGGAGCCACAGGGCGCCUUCUCCGCGUCCGGAGGUGCGGAAGAUUGUAACAAAACUAAAUCCAAUUCCGCAGCCGACCCGGAUUACUGCCGCCGGAUCCUGGUCCGAGAUGCUAAAGGGUCCAUCCGAGAGAUCAUCCUGCCCAAGGGCCUGGACCUGGAUCGGCCCAAGAGGACGCGCACGUCCUUUACCGCAGAGCAGCUGUACCGGCUGGAGAUGGAGUUCCAGCGCUGCCAGUACGUGGUGGGCCGCGAGAGGACGGAGCUCGCCCGGCAGCUCAACCUCUCCGAGACCCAGGUGAAGGUCUGGUUCCAGAACCGGCGCACCAAGCAGAAGAAGGACCAGGGCAAGGACUCUGAGCUGCGUUCGGUGGUGUCGGAGACCGCGGCCACGUGCAGCGUGCUUCGGCUGCUGGAGCAGGGCCGCCUGCUGUCGCCACCUGGCCUACCCUCCCUGCUGCCGCCGUGCGCCACCGGCGCCCUCGGCUCGGCGCUACGCGGGCCCAGCCUGCCCGCCCUAGGAACCGGUGCCGCCGCGGGCUCCGCCGCCGCCGCCGGCGCCGCCCCGGGCCCUGCAAGCACCACGUCCCCGCACCCUCCGGCUGUGGGCGGCACUCCGGGCCCCGGGCCCGCAGGGCCGGGGGGACUGCACGCAGGCGCGCCGGCCGCAAGCCACGGCCUCUUCAGCCUGCCGGUGCCCUCGCUGCUCGGCUCGGUGGCCAGCCGCCUGUCUUCCGCUCCGUUGACAAUGGCCGGUUCGCUAGCUGGGAAUUUGCAAGAACUCUCUGCCCGAUACCUGAGCUCCUCGGCCUUCGAGCCUUACUCCCGGACCAACAAUAAAGAAGGGGCCGAGAAAAAAACGCUGGACUGAUUUUGAGUGUUCCUUGUAUUUAUAUUUAUAUUAUCUAUUGUGGUGAUAGUCAUGGACUCGCGCGUUAGGUGCCCGGGGCUCCUGCAGCGGGCUCCUGGCUUCCACCAGGCCUUUGACAGCUCUCCUUUCCCAACAGGCUCCGCUACCAGUUUCAUUUGGGCUAAUUUAUUUUCGACUUUUCCUCCGUUUUCCCCUCCCCUGCCCUCAAACUUCCUUCUGAAUCCAGGAGAAAUCCAAAGAAUUGGGGGAAAUGCCGGAGUUAGCCAACCUGAUGCUCCAACCAGUGCCCAGCCCGGGAGAGAAAAAGACUGGUUUCUAAGGCCGAAGCACAGGACUCCUGGUCUAGAUCCGGCCGCUGCUGGUUAUAUUUACGAAUAUUUGAAAGAGAAAAGCUUCACGAAGACCCCAGGGGCUGAAAAACCUUACAGAUUUCUUUAGACCAAAAAGGAGGACGUUUCUUCCUCUUGCCUGAGAAACCAGGGCUUGUGGGAGCCCAUGGGCCCCACUUUGUGGACCUCUCGGGAUAGUUGGUGCACAGACUUCUUCUCGGCAGGACAAAUCCUGCCGGGUUUUCUCCCCUUUAGGGAAACUCCCAUCACAACUACCCUCAACCCCAGGAGACGAUAAACCAAACGUCAUGGUAGGCAACGGUGGUAAUGGAUUUGAUGUAAUCAGCAAUAAAAUAAGAGUAAUUACCAUAUGAAACCAGAUGAAGUGAAACCAGUUUAUUUAAAUACUCGUAAUGAAGGAGUUUGGAAGGGUAAGAAAAUUCAGGAUAGAGAAUGUGCCACAGAGCAACGCAAAAUUCAAGUUCUGAGUAUUGUGACUUUAAACAGGAAUGUAAAGGGGGAAAAGCAAAGGAAAAAGCUAAUGCUGCUAAAGAAAGAAAAUCCAGCCAGUUCUCAGCUCUGGCGGACGGCUUCCAGCUCCCCGGAAGAGCGCGACGCGGCUCUCCCACAGUCGCCCCGAGGGCGGUACUUGGUCCUUCCGUCUCCUGGACUCGGGGCUCCGGGCAGAAAUGCUGAGUUUGGAAAACGAAUCAGCACUCUUUGCUUCCUCUCUCAAGCUCCCGGAUUCACAAAACCCUUCCAGCACGCAGGAAACGCCUGGAUUUCCGAGCAGUUCUCUGCGGAAGGGGAGGUAGGGAAGCCGCCAGGCGGUCCGGCCUCCACUGACCGUAGUCCGGACAGCUCCCUGUGUGAUUGACGGGCAGGUCAUCCCCCCUUCCCGCUCCCCAGUCCCAGGGUUUUAAAGGUCCCAAAUCAGAACCCAGACUGCCUCGCCAGCGCGGCCUCACCUUUUAUCCUGCGCAGCAACGACCGUCAGUCCCUACAGCCGCGGCCACCCGUAUUUUAACCAAAACCACAGAUCCAGACCGAGAGGCGCUGCAGUGUCUAGAAUGUAUUCAUACAUCCUAAGAGAGCGAAAAACAUUUUUAAAAAUAGUAAUUUUAUUGUAAAUUAUUUACGUCGAAGCUUUUUUCCUCUUUUUCUUUCCUUUUUUUUUUUUUAGGCAAAUAGUAAAAAAUAAUAAUAAUGAAUGAUUCAAACGCGGGUAGGUGUCGCUGAAUCCAGGCUACUAACUUUGUCCUGAAUGUUUUGGAUAUUUGGAUGUUUU